GACAUCGUUGCAUUUCGUGAACACGCAUUCUCUCUUCAGUCUUAUCAGUGCCCGAUGUCUCAAAACAAAGACAUCGAGGGCGGGUUGGUGUACAAUGGGUACGAGAGCGCUCGUGAUCCUGAUUCUGAGCGCGAAGCACUUUUGCCAGCCUCCAGCGAGACUGACGCGGCCGUCCCAGUUGCUCUCUAUUCGCCCUCUCAGUCUCGUUUCAAUUUGCUACACCUAAGCUCUGCUUUUGCUGCAGGUGCCAUCUUAUGCCUGCUUGCUCAACUCGCCGUAUUAGGGCCCGGUUGCUUCUCUCCUCGUAGUCCAGUCGAUUGUCCAGCCAACGAGUCUUACGUAUAUGCUGCUCCUUAUGCUGGCUCAACCGAAGUAGACAACUAUCCUCCUCCUUCGCCUACCAACGCCUUUCCUUCGCUUUUCCCCACCGGUGUUGGAUAUGCCGGUGCCACUCCCACCGGUGCCGAGCCAGCACUAAUUGUUACUGGUGCAGCAUACCCUUUGCACACUGGUGCCGCACAGCUUGUCGCACCAUCCCACUUCCACAAGUCGGAUGAGUCCGAAACUGAGUCCAGGAAAGAGAAAGACUUCGAUAUUUUCAGAAAGUGGGGUAAUCUGUCGCCGUGGUACAGUGUCAAGAAGGGAGCUUUCGGUGUCGACUCUGGCCCUGAGCCUCCAGAAACUUGUAGGAUCACUGGCUUGCAUCUUUUGCACCGCCACGGUGCCCGUUAUCCUACAGCUUGGGCUUCUUACGGUGGACCUUCCAAGUUUGCUGGUCGUUUGCAUGACGCAGCUGAAAACUGGCACGCAACUGGAAAACUUUCUUUUAUAAAUGACUGGACAUACAAACUCGGUGAAGAAGUUUUGACGCCAUUUGGACGACAGCAACUUUUUGACCUUGGUGUCUCUAUGCGCCUGAAAUAUGGAUUCUUGUUAAAGAACUUCACCGACUCUAACACCAUCCCCGUUUUCCGGACAGAAUCUCAGGAUCGUAUGCUAGCUUCUGCCAUGAAUUUUGCAAUAGGCUUUUUUGGCUAUCCUUUCGAGGGCCAAUAUCAGCAAACCAUCACGAUUGAGGCUCCUGGGUAUAACAACACUUUUGCACCAUACGAAACUUGCCCGAAUGCCCGAAACCCGUCCAAAGCUGAUCGUGCUUUGCCUUAUCUUCAAGAAUGGACUUCUAUCUAUCUUCGUCACGCGCGUCAUCGUCUGCAACACCAUUUGCAUGGUUUCGAUUUGUCGUACGAAGAUGUCUAUACCAUGCAACAGAUGUGCGCAUAUGAGACUGUAGCACUCGGCUUUUCAAAGUACUGUGAGCUUUUUACUCAAGAGGAAUGGGAAGGAUUCAACUAUGCUAUGGAUAUUAUCUUUUGGUACGAUUCAGCUUUUGGUUCUCCCGUAGCCAGAGCGCAAGGUGUGGGAUACAUCCAAGAGCUUGUAUCCAGACUCACGGAAACGCCAAUCGAAACUCACAACUCUUCUACAAACUCGACGCUUCAUGACCCGAUCACGUUCCCCUUAGGGAAUAGCUUGUAUGUUGAUGCUACGCAUGAAGUAGUAGUCUUGAAUGUAAUCACUGCCCUCAACUUGUCCACGUUUGCUGCUGCUGGACCCUUGCCAGCUGAUCAUAUUCCCAAGAAACGGUCCUUCAGGACUUCUGAGCUGGCACCAUUUGCUACCAAUAUCCAGUUCCAAUUACUGUCUUGCACGUCCGAGCCAGACCCACAAAUACGCAUUAUCAUCAACGACGGUGUCGCUCCACUUACAGGUAUCAAAGGUUGCCCGGAGCAACGAGAUGGGAUGUGUUCCGUCAAUGCCUUUGUUGAGGGACAGAAGGAAAUCAUCAGGACGACAGACUGGAUACAUGACUGCCAUGGAGAUUGGGCAGUUCCAGCUGGUCCUUUGUGGGAGACUACCACUGGUGACGCUCCGAAAUGAUAAGACGCGGCCAGUGAUUAUGGUAGAAAUGGCCUGCAUAAUUUACGUUGAGUCGUCGCCGUAUAUAAAUCAUAUCACGAUCUUGUCACCUAUCACGUGUCCCCAGUGAGAUAGCGAAUGUUGAACACGGGACCUUGACGUGAUCUUUAUGUGGCACGUAUACUUCUAUCUGUGCUAAUAUUAUAUAUCUCAGCCUUGUGCACACACCUUCAGCCAAGGUUUUAUGU